AGAGUACGUGGAGAUAGGCUCAGAUGUUUUCAGUGCUUCACUGCCAAAAUAAACGGGUGAUAGAGCAUUCGGUUAAAUUAGCUGAAUUUAACGGUGUCUGCUUUACUUGUUUAUAUCAUCCUUCUAAACGCGGCUGCCCAGCAAGGUCUCUCUCCCGCAAACCGGGCCCCUAUACUACAGCAAGUGCUUUGUGCCUUGUGUGGCUCUCACAACUGCUCCUGCCAGGCAGAGCUGCUUUUUCUUAGGGGUUAAUUUAUUCCAAUUACAGAAGAAGAUCACGUAAGUAGGAGGGGAUUUUGGGUGGUGAGAAGUACAUUCUUUAACUAGGCAGCUGGUAUCAGGGCUCAGCCUGUCUUGAUGUUUUGCUGUGACUUUGAGAUAUAAAUCACUUUAAAUACAGUGAGUGUUUCUAGUGGGAAUGUGAAGGACGUUUAGAUUUGGGCAGUAGUGUAGUUCUGGUACAAGCUUGUUUCAGCUCUUUGUGCAAUCUGUUCUUCUUUUGUCUGCCUUGGUUAUGUUUAGCUUUCUGUAACCUUUAGGAAGAGGAUCUUCCCAUGGGCUCAUCUGGUGAAUCUGACUUACCCUCUCUGAAUCAUGAGUGACUCUAGGCAACAAAAGAAAAAGCAGUAAACACCUGACCUGUUCUUCCUUGCCCGUGCAGUCAGACUUUUCAGAUUGCAGAUGUUAUUGAAUGUACAGUAAUCCCUGAAGGGAGCCUGCACUGCUCAGGCCUGUGCUUAAGGAAGGCAACGGGGUUCUUUUGCUGAGUGAUCCUCAACUGUCAUAAGAACGAAGUUCAGUUCCUGCCUUGUUAACUUGCUCAUUUCUCUGAGAAUAUGCGCUUCAAUCUCCAAUAUGUGUGCAUUGGGAGUUUCUUUCUUUCUUUCUUUGUAUCCUUUUCAAGAAAAAUUUUAGAUUGCGAAUACUGAGUUGCUUACCUAGCCCUAAUGCCCGUUCUUUCCAUUCCUAGUGUGAGUGUUUUAGGAUGAUGAAAGGGAGAUGCUUUUCCCAAGCUGUCUGUUACCACAGACAAUUUGAGGCACUAGCCCUAAAGGCUGUGCAGGGCCUUUAAUUUGUUUUGUAAAAUAGGACUGUUUUACUCUCAGGCUACAUUACCAUAUAGUCCCCAUGUGUAUGAAAGUAACAGAUGUUUUUUACCCGUCUCAGCAGGUCGAGGUGGACACCUCGUGAAAUGCUUUUUCCAGUAGAUAGCUUUGGCCAUGGGUUGUGUAUUUAGCUCCCUCUUUGAGAAAUGUUCCUUGCAAAUCAAUCUUGCAUGAUGAAAACUAGCACCACAUAGCUACUGGCCAGGACCAAAGAAUUGAUAACUAAGAAUGUGGAAAACUGUGCACAUGUCACAGGAUGGUGCUUGCCCAGGAGACUUCAUGCUUCAGAAUGUGAACUGUCCUCGGGUGAAGCCGGGGCAAGAAUUCCCCAGGGUAGCGUUCCGAGGUCACAUCCGCUCCCUCCCCAAACUGAUGGAGAUAACACACGCUUCCCAUGCAAGUCAUGGCAACCAUAAAGAAAACAGUCCUUUCCUGAACAGUUCAGAAGCUGGCAAAGGAGGUGAUUACUAUGACAGAAACCUGGCCUUGUUUGAGGAAGAACUUGAUAUACGACCAAAAGUGUCAUCUCUGCUUGGCAAGUUGGUCAACUACACAAAUCUUACUCAAGGUGUCAAGGAACAUGAAGAAGCAGAAAAUACUGAUGGAUCGAAGAAGAAAGUAUCAAAAUCACCCAGCAUGGGCACCCUGAUGGGGGUGUAUUUGCCAUGCAUGCAGAAUAUCUUCGGGGUUAUUCUCUUCCUUCGGCUGACUUGGAUGGUGGGGAUGGCUGGAGUUCUUCAGUCCUUCCUGAUUGUAUUGCUUUGCUGCUGUUGUACUAUGUUGACAACCAUAUCAAUGAGUGCAAUUGCCACAAACGGUGUUGUUCCAGCUGGUGGCUCCUAUUUCAUGAUAUCUAGGUCAUUGGGCCCAGAAUUUGGUGGAGCUGUAGGGCUGUGUUUUUAUUUGGGAACAACAUUUGCAGGAGCCAUGUAUAUCCUUGGUGCCAUUGAGAUUUUAUUGACAUACAUUGUGCCACAAGCAGCAAUUUUCCAUCCAUCUGGUGCCCAUGAUGCAUCCAGUGCCAUGCUGAACAACAUGAGGGUGUAUGGCACUGUGUUCCUCAUCCUGAUGGCAGUGGUGGUGUUCGUAGGUGUGAAAUAUGUCAACAAAUUUGCUUCCCUCUUCCUGGCCUGUGUAGUAAUAUCCAUCCUGUCCAUUUAUGCUGGAGCUAUCAAGUCCAUCUUUGAUCCACCUGAAUUUCCGAUCUGCAUGUUGGGCAACAGGACUCUGUCAAGAGAUCAGUUUGAUGUUUGUGCCAAAACUGUAGUUAAGGAUAACAUAACUGUGGCCUCUAAGCUUUGGGAGCUCUUCUGCCACAGCACAAACUUAACCACCGAGCACUGUGAUGAAUAUUUCCUGAUGAACAAUGUCUCAGAGAUAGCAGGAAUCCCAGGAGCUGCUAGUGGCAUUUUAAUAGACAACUUAUGGAGCAAUUAUUUGGAGAAAGGAGAGAUCCUGGAGAGAGCACAUCAGCCCUCUGUGGAUGUAGCAGGCCAGAAGAACAACCUGCACCUGUACGUGCUUUCAGACAUCACCACGUCGUUCAUGGUGCUGGUUGGCAUCUUCUUCCCUUCAGUGACUGGUAUCAUGGCUGGUUCAAACAGAUCAGGAGACCUCAAAGAUGCACAGAAAUCCAUCCCUGUUGGAACAAUUCUUGCCAUUGUCACCACAUCUCUAGUCUACUUCAGCUGUGUGUUAUUAUUUGGAGCCUGCAUAGAAGGUGUUGUCCUGAGAGAUAAGUUCGGUGAUGCUGUGAACAAGAACUUGGUGGUGGGGACCCUGUCCUGGCCCUCGCCCUGGGUCAUCGUCAUCGGGUCCUUCUUCUCCACCUGUGGGGCAGGUCUGCAGAGCCUCACGGGGGCCCCCAGGCUGCUGCAGGCCAUAGCCAAGGACAACAUCAUCCCUUUCCUCUGGAUCUUUGGUCAUGGAAAAGCAAAUGGUGAACCGACAUGGGCUCUUCUGUUAACAGCAUUAAUUGCUGAGCUAGGAAUCCUUAUUGCUUCACUUGACAUGGUGGCUCCAAUCCUCUCAAUGUUUUUCUUGAUGUGUUAUCUCUUUGUUAAUCUUGCAUGUGCAGUCCAGACACUUCUGAGAACCCCGAACUGGCGGCCCCGCUUUAAAUACUACCACUGGGCCCUCUCAUUUUUAGGCAUGAGUAUUUGCCUGGCACUGAUGUUCAUUUCAUCUUGGUAUUAUGCUUUGGUAGCUAUGCUUAUUGCAGGCAUGAUUUACAAGUACAUUGAAUACCAAGGUGCAGAGAAGGAGUGGGGUGACGGCAUCCGGGGGCUGUCGCUGAGCGCAGCGAGGUACGCCUUACUCAGACUGGAGGAGGGCCCUCCACACACCAAGAACUGGAGGCCUCAGUUGCUGGUGCUUCUGAAACUUGAUGAAGAUUUGCAUGUGAAAUACCCUAGACUGUUAACAUUUGCCUCCCAGCUGAAAGCUGGUAAAGGUUUGACUAUUAUAGGAUCAGUCAUCCAAGGGAAUUUCUUGGAAACUUAUGGAGAAGCCCAGGCUGCUGAGCAGACUAUUAAGAAUAUGAUGGAAAUUGAGAAGGUUAAAGGAUUUUGUCAGGUAGUUGUAGCCAAUAAAGUUCGAGAAGGAAUUGCUCACUUGAUCCAGUCCUGUGGACUCGGUGGCAUGAAGCACAACACUGUGGUUUUGGGGUGGCCCUAUGGCUGGAGGCAGAGUGAAGAUCCAAGGUCUUGGAAGACAUUUAUAGGUACUGUUCGCUGCACCACUGCAGCUCACCUGGCUCUGCUGGUUCCCAAAAAUGUGUCUUUCUACCCCAGCAACCACGAGCGCUACAACGAAGGCAACAUUGAUGUGUGGUGGAUUGUGCACGAUGGAGGCAUGUUGAUGUUGCUUCCUUUUCUUCUCAAACAGCACAAAGUUUGGAGAAAAUGCAAAAUGAGAAUUUUUACUGUUGCUCAGAUGGAUGAUAACAGCAUCCAGAUGAAGAAGGAUUUGGCUACUUUCCUCUACCAACUCCGUAUAGAGGCAGAGGUAGAAGUGGUAGAAAUGCACAAUAGUGAUAUCUCAGCAUAUACUUACGAGAGAACUCUUAUGAUGGAGCAGAGAUCUCAAAUGCUGAGGCAAAUGAGGCUGACAAAAACUGAGAGGGAAAGGGAGGCUCAGCUUGUAAAGGACAGACAUUCAGUAGCACGUCUGGAGAGCCUCUACUCAGAUGAAGAAGAUGAGGGAGACCCUGUUCCUGAGAAUAUCCAGAUGACCUGGACAAAAGAGAAAUGUGAUGCUGAGAAGCGGAACCGGGGCAGUGCUGUGGGCAGCUUUAGAGAUCUCAUCAGCAUUAAGCCGAACCAGUCUAAUGUCCGAAGGAUGCACACAGCAGUGAAGCUAAAUGAAGUCAUUGUAAAUAGAUCCCAUGAUGCCAGACUUGUGCUCCUCAACAUGCCUGGUCCUCCAAAGAAUACUGAUGGAGAUGAAAACUACAUGGAGUUUCUGGAAGUCUUGACUGAAGGUCUGGAGAGGGUACUACUUGUUAGAGGCGGGGGCAGAGAGGUCAUCACCAUUUACUCCUGAUUUAGAAGCUUCUCACCCUGGUCUACAUUUACCUUCUUGGCCAUUACGGACAUUCCAGUUUUAAAUGGAGAAGAAAAAAAGGUUUUUUUGCCUCACUUUCUCCUCAUCCAGUCCUGUUCAUUGUUUUUCCAUUUGCAACAUACAUAUCUUUCAGGAUUGCAGUAUUUGUUACACCAUCCAAUUAGCAACAUAAAUUGUGAAGCUGCCACAUUAUUCAGUUUCUGCUUUGGUACCCCAGCAUUUGUGCAUGUAGUUUUAACACUAAACCUAUUUUUAGUCAGCACUUCUACGUGCAGUAUUUUUAGUAACUGUAUGUAAAGUUAGGACAUGAAAGCCAGUUACUGUAAAAAGAUUUAAAAAGCUUUUUAUAUUAGGUUUGGGGGAUAGAAGUGCAUUAUAUAGCAGCUAGUUUCUGCUGAAGUUCAGCUAUAAAGCAUUUUCUAAGAGCACACUAAAUUGUAAGAGAGGACUGAAAAAGCUUUCCUUUUCUGGGUUUAUUUCCAGAACUAAACUCUCAGUAUUGGGUAAGAAUUUAUACUUUUAAUACAUUUAUUGAUAGAGAUUUAAAUAAAUUAUGUUGAUAUAGUUGAAAUUAUGUAUGUAGCUUGCUAUAAGUUUUGUUGCUUCUGAGACUUCAGGUUGUGUGAGGCCAGAUCCCUAUUUAUUUUUGUAUUUAUUUGUCAGAAAUAUUGGAUAUGCAGAUGCAGACUGUUUAGGAGAACAGAGAUCUCACAAUAAAUUCUGAAUCACCAGUGGAUUGAAGGACCAGUCCUGUGGCAGUUCUUCCAUGCUUUAAAUUUCUUGCAGACCAUCCAUCAAAAGUACAUUGAGCAUGUUGGAGUCCCGUGUAGAGCCAGGUGCUAAUGCUGCACGCACAGUGAUGGGAUUGCACUUGCACAAGUACAGGGGACCUGCUGCUUCAUUUAUGCUUUAUGCCCUUAGAGGGAAAAGAAGAAAAGAAGACCUAUAUUAACCAAUAAGUCUCUGGAGAUUUUAUCAAGCCCAUUCAGUUGUACUUUAUGUACAGAACAUUCGUAUUUUUUCAAUAAAAUGUUGCAUACACUUUGAA